AUGAUCAGUUUGACUUCGUACGGGAUAUGUGUGCCUGCAACUCUGUGUCUUAUCCGUGACUUCUCAAUCUGCCAUGAUGACUUCGACUCAGAGCCGGCAGAUGGCGUGCUCAAAGAACAUACAUUCAAGUGGGUUGGCUUUGUGCAGUACAUACACGUGACGACAGGCUUGCCUCAUCACCUCAAGGCUCCGCGUGUGGUCCUCGUUCACCAGCAGUUCGCCGUCGCCACCGCUACAGACCUGCUGCACCUUCCCAAAAACUAUAAACUAGGUAAUGUCGUAUUUGGUGAUUAUGAGAGAGAUGAAGAAGACUGUGGGAUAUCGCGAGAGCAAAUUAAGAUUGGUUUGCGAUGUGCACGCGCCUAUAUAGAAAUACCACCUCAUGAUAUUACACCUCACCCGGAAUAUACCAGAUUCGGAGUUGGCAACAGCCUGGCUCUCGUUAAAUUUAUUCGGCCACUAAAGUCGCACUAUAUGGUCCCGAUAUGUUUACCAUCACUAAGUGAACGAACGAGAAAGAAAAAACAUAAAGCCGUGUUUUUAGUGGACUAUAUCAGCACUGUACCAAGAGAUUUCGAUGCAGAAAGAUUGGCUAAGAAAACCCUCAAAUUAUAUACACAUAGAGAAUGUAAACGGCAUCGAAUGAAAGGGAAACUGGGAAGUGAAGGCGUGACCCACGUAUUAUGCACCUCAGGGUGCGGGGUUCGACCGGGGGCACCCAUCGUCAGCCACUCCAUAGACGGGCCCUAUGAGCUUAUUGGAAUAGCCGCUGGGGGAGCUCCUUGCAGUCGGCGCGCCAUGCGUAGGCGCCUCAAUAAUGAACCACCUCUCUAUAUAGAUGUGUACCCCUACACCACGUGGAUUAUGAAUCUCAUCACAGCUUAUCACUUACCGAAACCAUACCCACAAAAUGUGAUGCUACUUGAGGCAGGCCCGAGUGUGGGCAUUAACAAAUCCUUUUUGAGGAAAAGGAAAAAACAGAAGUCUGGUUGGCGUGCUCGUACGUUCAUGAGUGGAAAUCACUGCUAUAAAAGUAUGAGAAAACAGAGACGCGCUGCAUUUUUUUACUCCGAAAGGUUUGAAGUUAACACCGAUCCUCCUGCUAAACUAAACGUUAUUAUGAAGAUUUCUGCGGGUAUUGAAUGUACAAUAGUCUGUGCUCGACUGAUGAUGCCCAACCGUUUGUCGGUGCCUACGGUAACAGGAGUUGGCGGCUACAACAUAACAAUAAUGUUCGACACAGAUUGGUUUCCAUACACAUUCUACUUUGCCUUGGCACUUGACGGUAAAAACACAACGGCAGAAGACUUCCAGACUUGGUUACCUGAACGCAAAGCUGGUUUCUGGUAA